AUAAAAAGACUGUUUAAUUAAUUAAUUAACAAGUAACCAGUGGAGUAUAAUUUAAUUUUGUAUUUUUAUUUAUGUGGAAAUAUUAUUAAUCGCGAUGCCGCGUGAGCUGAGACUGUGUACAAAUUUAAGAACAAAAAUAAAAUGUAACGUUCAUUCAGCGCACCAUAUUAGAUCCCACGUGGAUCUUUUCCUCGUGUUUAUCAAUCUACUUUUAAUACUUACACCAAGUGGGAAAGCUUCGUACGAAAUGCAGGGUCCAAAUUUCAUAGUAGAGCCACAGUCGAGGGUUGAAUUCACAAAUGUAAGUGGAGGCCGUGUCGAUUGCACUGUCAGGGGAAACCCUGAGCCAACGGUAGAAUGGCUGGCAGCAGACGGUGGUAAUGUCGCCAGCAUACCUGGGAUUAGAAUGGUAUUUAGUAAUGGAACCAUUUACUUCCCUGCCUUUGAAGCGGAAGCCUUUCGUCAGGAUGUUCAUUGGGCUAUUUAUAAAUGCACAGCAAUUAACAGUGUUGGGGCUGUUGUCAGCAGAGACGUCACUGUUAGAGCUGUGGUAAACCAGCGUUACGAUCCAGAAGUUCAGAGUCUCGGCGGUUUCCUGGGCAACAAUGUACUUAUGCGAUGCAACGUACCCAGUUUCGUUCGUGAUCAUGUCACUGUAACAUCUUGGUUACAAGAACCCUCCUUUAAUAUUUAUCCAUCUUCUGCCAGUGAUGGAAAAUAUCACAUGCUUCCCAACGGCGAUUUAAUGAUUAUAAAUAUAACUCGAGCUGAUGCUCAAAUGACAUACAGAUGUAGAACACAUCAUAAACUGACGGAAGAUACAUUAGUUAGUCCUAAUGUCGGACGAAUACAGUUAGCAGAAAUUAGAGGUUUUACACCGCCGAUAUUAAACGAAAAAUUACAUACAAUGUCAGCCCGCCUAGAGGAGACUGUGGUUAUACCCUGUGUUGCGUACGCAAAUCCUCCGCCGACUAACAGAUGGUACUUUAAACGGGAUCAACGUGAGGAGCCUAUUGAUGAGAUUUCAGGUCACUACAAAAUUCGGGACGGUUGUUUGACAAUACAAACAGUCCAAGAGAGUGACGCCGGCACGUAUGUUUGCACAGCAAGCAACGUUGAAGGGAGUGCUAGUUUUGAAAUUCGUUUGAGUGUUUCUGCGUCUUUGAGUGUACACGUUCAGCCUCCUGUUCAGACUGUUGAUCUCGGGAAACCAGCUUCUCUCACGUGUAGCGCGAGUGGUUUCCCUCAGGCAGCGCUUUAUUGGUUGAAAGACGGACAGCCGUUGCGGACAGGCGAUCAUAUAAGUCUAAUCUCUCGGGAUCGCAUUUCCGUGAGUGCUGUCGCUCGUGAGGAUCGUGGUAUGUAUCAGUGUUUUGUUCGGAACGAGCAUGAGAUGGCACAGGGAAUCGCUGAAUUACGCCUGGGAGAAAUAUCUCCACAACUGGUGUACCGAUUCAUCGAGCAAACAAUGCAGCCGGGACCAUCAGUGUCACUUAAAUGCAGCGCUGCUGGUAAUCCAACGCCUCAAAUUUCAUGGCUGCUUGAUGGGUUUCCGCUACCCCAAAAUGACCGUAUACUUAUUGGCCAGUACGUCACCGUGUACGGGGAUGUUAUUUCCCAUGUAAACAUAUCCUCUGUUAAAUCCGAGGACAGCGGUGAAUAUCAAUGCACAGCUGCUAGCCGGGCCGGCGAAUCAUCUCACUCUGCCAGGCUCAAUGUUUAUGGAUUGCCGUAUGUACGUCCAAUGCCAGCAGUGUCGGCAAUCGCGGAAAAACAACUUGAAAUAAAGUGUCCAGUUGCUGGGUAUCCCAUUGAAUCCAUUAUUUGGGAAAAAAACGGUACUCGAUUACCAACAAACAUUCGCCAAAGAGUUGCAAAUGGAACUUUGACGAUUGAUACCGUUCAGCGUAGCGCAGAUCAAGGUAUAUAUACCUGUGUCGCACGGAAUAAACACAACUAUACCUCUCAUCGUACUGUUGACGUUAGAGUACUCGUGCCACCUAAAAUCACGCCUUUCAGUUUUGCUCGCGAUUUAAACGUAGGCGAUCGUACUAGCAUACAGUGCGUAGUUGUAACAGGUGAUUUACCUCUUACAUUCACGUGGCUAAAAGAUAAUGUGCCGAUAGAGACACGUGAUCAAGAUUCCUCAGCAAGUUUCAAUGGAAUGUCAAUCAACGGCCAGAGUAAAAGUAACUCUGGCAAAAAUGAUCGACGUGGAGACAAUAACGAGAGUGGAAUUAAGAAUAUGUUGUCGAAAGGACGUUCUUCUUCUUCCUCCUCCUCUUCUUCAACGUCAUCACGAAUGUUUAAACAAAAUAAUAAUAAAAAUAUACAUAGGAUUGAUCAAUCGUUAGAAGAGUCAAUAACGAUCCGCCAUUAUGACGCUUUUAAUAGUGCUCUGAGCGUUAGCACGAUAACUCCUGCACACAAUGGCACGUACACCUGUCGCGUGACCAAUGGCGCUGCAACCGUCGCUCACUCUACUCUUCUCCUUGUCAACGUCCCUCCUCGUUGGGUUGUGGAACCUAUCGACCAGGAUGCUAUUGUAGGUCACUCUGUCUCCGUGGCUUGCCAAGCUGAAGGAUUUCCGAUUCCUAAUGUUACCUGGAAACAAUCUAUCGGUGAAACGCCAGGAGACUACCGUGAGCUCGGAUACGGAGGAACUACCGAAGGCAUUGAAGUUUCAAAGAAUGGCUCGUUGGUUAUUCCAAGAGUAUCCAGAGAACACAGCGGGUUUUACUUGUGCCAAGGAAGCAAUGGCAUAGGUCCUGGUCUCAGUAAACUCAUUCGUCUAACAGUUCACGCGGGGCCGCAUGUUGAAGUUAAAACACGUCAAGAAUCUGUCAGAAGAGGUGAAACGGGAACUUUGAGAUGCGAGGCUGAAGGUGAUUCACCUCUUGAUAUCAGUUGGCGUAAUCGUGCCGGCAGAAUUGAGCCAAUUUAUGAUUUAAGAUAUAUAUUGGAGAAUAAUUCAACACCCCGUGGAAUGACGUCUGAAUUACGAAUAACUAAAGCAGGCCACGAGGAUCGGGGAGAGUACGUGUGCGUUGCCAGCAAUGCGUAUGGCAUGGACAAAGCAUCGAUCAAUCUUCUGGUCCAAGAGCCCCCUAAUUUUCCCCGGAAUUUACACGUAGCCGAGCUUAAAAGUCGCUCGAUACUUUUGUCUUGGUCAUCGCCUUCCAGCGACUCGGACUCUCUCAACCCCGACUCUCCAAUAACUAAUUAUAUUAUUCAGUACAAAGAGGCCGAUGAUGUGUGGCAUGACCACAACACCCAGCCGGUAGCAGGAGACAACACGAUCGCUUUGGUAUCACAACUAAAACCGGCAACCACCUACCAUUUUCGUGUCUUUGCGGAAAAUCAUCUCGGGACAUCAGCCCCAAGCGACAUUCUUCAUGUUCAAACUGACGGCGAGAUACCGGGAGGGCCUCCGAGGCAAGUCACUGCAGAGCCUCUGGGUCCUCAGCAGCUCAAAAUCACCUGGCAGCCUCCGGAUCAGGUUCUGUGGAAUGGAGAGCUUCUUGGAUACACCAUCGUUUCCACUAUACUGAGAGAUGACGAGCAGGCAACAAAUAUAACUCGAGUGGGCAUUACGGGAAAUGGGGACGGAUCUUACGAGUACCGUUUAACUGGGUUGAGAAAAUUUACCGAGUACAGCAUUGUGGUGAAGGCUUUUAACAGCAAAGGAGAUGGUCCUGGUUCUGAUCCAGUGAUAACCCAAACCCUCGAAGCAGUACCGAGCGCUCCGCCGCAGCACAUUGCCUGCACAGCGCUGACUGGUCAAAAUAUUCAAGUUACGUGGAAAGCACCACCGGCGGAUAAAAUCCACGGAGUAAUAAAGGGGUACAAACUUUUGUACGAACCGGCUAAUGAAGAAAGUAGUGAAAUUGUGGGAUCUCGAGAUACAAAGAUUACUCAAGCGCUUAGCACAGUUCUUCACGAUUUACGGCCCUACACAAACUACACCGUCCAGAUUUUGGCAUACACCCGGGCCGGAGAAGGUGUUACCAGUACGCCUAUUUCGUGUAUGACUGAAGAAACUGUUCCUGAUGUACCGGAACGCGUGAAGGCAGUUCCAGCCGCGGAUAAUGUUGUUAUUAUUUCGUGGUUGCCACCAAAACGACCGAACGGUGUUGUCACUAAGUACACCAUGUAUAUACGAGCGCUGGAUCAGGGCCAAGAAGUAAAGAUCAUUAAAGACUUUUUGCCGGCUCAAAGUUUACACUACGAAGCCACGGGGUUGAAACUACGAGAAUCUUAUGAAGCAUGGGUCACUGCUUCCACUAAAGUCGGAGAGGGACCAAGUACUCCGGUCAUCAAACUUCAGCCAAGUUCUACCGUUCCAGCGGCUAUUGUAUCUUUUGGCGCUCCUAUAAUAACGUCUUGGCGUGUUGACGUAAGAUUUCAUUGUUUAUAUGUUGGAGUACCUGAACCGACAGUUGAUUGGCGAUUGGGGGAUGUUAAAUUACAAAAGAGCCAAAGAUUGGAUAUUGGAGCAGAUCAUACGCUGACUUUAAAAAAUGUACAGAGAAGUCAGGAGGGAAAUUAUUCGUGUCAUGUCAAAAAUUCAUUGGGCUUUGAUGAAAUUGUUUACAGUCUACAAGUUCAAGUUCCACCAACACCUCCAACACUUCUCGCAACUGGCACAACAACCGAGGCGGUGCAGUUACAGUGGAAGCAGGGAGACAACGGGGGUGCUCCUAUAAAGGGAUUUGUGUUGGCUUAUCGCAAGGAAUUCGCCGAAUGGGAAGAAGUUAUGCUUGACAGGCGUGCCAGUACUCAUUUACUCGGAGGUCUGCAGUGCGGUACAAAGUAUCAAUUUACUCUGGCUGCCUUUAAUCGCAUAGGGAGUGGAAGUGCCAGCAAAAUGGAAACUGCUAGGACCAAAGGCUCUAAACCUGUUCCUCCCCAUAAAAAGCAUCUCAUACGUACCAAUAUGACCUCUGUUAUUCUCGAAUUAACUUCCUGGCAAGACGGCGGCUGCCCAUUGCUCUACUUUGUUGUUGAAUAUAAGCGAUUGCCCGGUGAUUGGCUAUUAGUAUCGAAUAAUGUGUCACCACAAUCGAGAUUUCCGAUAGUAAAUUUGGAGAGUGGAACGAGCUAUGAAUUACGAGUGACAGGAUACAAUAAUGCCGGAUCAACUCAAGCGGAAUACCUAUUUAGUACAACUACUCCUGGCGACUCACCGAGGAUCCAUGACGGGCGACCGCCUGAAAUAAAGGUCACGCCGGUUUAUUUCGAUGCACAAGUACUUGCGCCCAGUGUUAUAUCCGUUGUUGCUGUUAUUAUAGUCGUCGGUGGUGUUUGCUUUUGUCUGAAAACACAUUCUCUGAGAGGAAGAAGAGGUAAUGAUCCAACUUCUCAAACCCAGGCGGCGUUGGAUAACAAACACAAUAUGGAACAGAGAGAACAGUAUUAUGCAACAGUACGUAAGCCUAGUCAACAAUCCCCGUGUCGGGAGGUAAAUGCAUUGGAACGUAUACCCGAGUACUCUGAAGACAUUUAUCCGUAUGCAACAUUUCAUUUGCCCGAGCAAGAAAAUUUAUCCGCGAAUCCAAUAAGGCAGGCGUAUUUCUACGAGAGAAGCGAAACAAUGUUACAAGGCGCUCAGAUUGAUGUUGAUCAAUAUACCAAAGUAAGAAGCCGGUCAAGGCGUAAAUCAAAGUCAUUCAAGUCCGAAUCCGAGGAGUACGAUACUCUUGGAUCGGACAGCGACACUGAAGUAGGGACCAGCAGUCGUACAGAGUCCUCUAAUCACCUCGACGAUUCUGCUCCGACGUCUAUUUUAACUCGCUCCCCGGGACCUAAUUCCGGGCCACAGCGAGGCCGCGAGCAACGAUUAGCCAUAUUCCCAAGGCCGGUUCAUCAUAAUGUACUGUACCACACGCACGAAUCAAGUACAUCAACCGAGCCGUCACCAAUUUCUGAAAGAAAAACCUUUCCUAGAUUAGAAAAGCAACGACAUGGAAUAAAAGCAGACAACGUCAGUGGAUCUCGAGUUCAAAAUAUAAUUCGAGCAAUGGUAAAAGAUCCAGAGACGAGUACAGGAGUUAGGUCUUACUCGGCAGCACCCUCGCCGAGUCACACUGCCAAGGGAUCAAGACUUAAUACAGCCUCGAUAGAUCGACACAAACAAAUACCGCGUCGAUCAGUUGAGUCUUUGUGUUUGUUCAAUGAUCCUCAACAAUCGACAUCAGCGAUACAGCCGACACACACACAAACGUCAUCCUCAUCUUCAAACUCGAAUUCAAACUCAAAUUCAAAUUCAAAUUCAAAUUCAACCUCAACCUCAACCUCUAUCUCAAUGUCAACACCACGCAAUUAUCAACGAAACGCGAGAUUACGCUCUCGAGAGCAGCAACCGCGCGAAGACUGGGGUAAUGAAUUAUCCACACUAGAGCUCAAACCGCCCUCAGGGUUCACCGAUGCUCACGAAACAAGUGAGGCGGAAUGUGAUAUCGAUAUGAAGCUCAAACUUCACAGAAAACGUUCCGGGCCUCUCUCUAAUUCGCUGUCCAAAUCACCCAAAGACUUUACAAUCACUGUUUAAACAUCAACUACUUCAUUUUUAAAUUGUAUUGAUCUAACUGUCAAGACUUACAUUACAAUAUUGAGAGUAAAAUCCAAAAAAAAAAGUUAAUAAAUUAAAUAAAG